AUGGAGAAAAUUACCGACAAGCUGGCAGCUCUCCCGCCUAACACCAAUUACUUUUCUCUGGAAUUCUUUCCACCAAAGACACAAGCGGGCUCUUCGAAUCUCCAGGCUCGUCUUAUUCGCAUGUCACAAGCCCUCCGCCCAUUAUUCGUAACUGUUACUUGGGGCGCUGGUGGCAGUACGGCAACAAAAAGUCUAGAGCUUGCGGAAAUAUGUCAGCGUCAACUGGGCCUCACAACAUGCAUGCAUCUGACUUGCACUAACAUGAGUCGAGCUCUUGUGGAUGAAGCUCUUGAGGAGGCCAAAGCAUUGGGGAUUAGAAAUAUCCUGGCUUUGCGGGGCGACCCUCCAAGGAGUGAAGAGUACCAUAUGGACGGCCAAGAGAACAGCAACAAGGACUUCACUUGGGCCGUUGACCUAGUCAGAUACAUACGCAAGGUCCAUAGCGAUUACUUUUGUAUUGGCGUUGCUGGUUACCCCGAAGGGCAUGCAGACGACUCACAUCCAGAGCACCAAUCUGUCGAACGAGAUCUGCCAUAUCUUGUUGAAAAAGUUAAAGCGGGUGGGGAUUUCAUCAUGACUCAGUUGACGUACGAUAUUGAGGCAUACACAAGAUACGAAGACACCCUGAGAUCACAUCCUUCUGGCAUCUUCACCUCCAUUCCCCUCAUUCCUGGGCUGAUGCCGAUCCAAUCGUACCAAAUAGUCAAGCGCAUAACCAACCUAUCGCACGCUCGGAUCCCAGCCGAGAUGUUCUCCCGCAUCGAAGCCGUGAAAUCUGACGAUGAAGCCGUUAAGAGGGUGGGGGUUGAUAUAUUGUCUGAGCUGGUAGAGGGUAUCAAAGCUCUUCCACAACCCAAAUCAUUACCAAGAGGCUUCCACUUCUACACUUUGAAUCUCGAAAAAUCUGUUGCGUUCAUUCUGGAGCGCUGCAAACUCAUUCCUUCCUCUACCGAGCCAACGACACCUUCCACUAGCGACUCAGAAUCAGAAAUAGCCAUUACGACGAUGACAAAUGGACCGACUAUGGUCAUCAACGGAACCGGUGAACUGUCAAAGCGAAGCUUCUCACGCCGGCGUGCCUCGUCCUUCAACUCGCAACCUCACAAUAGAUUGAUCGUUGACAACGUAUCAGCAAGAGAUGUUGGAUCCAGGCAUCGGUUGCCCAGUGGAGCGCAGUCUUCUCAGGGCUCGGAGACUCAUCAAACGCCCUCGGAGUGUGCCGGCAUACCGGCGGGGCCUUCCACACGAUCGAACACGCUCCUGAUUUCGGAAGGACAAGGCUCUUUGGGCAGAGAGGCUACAUGGGAUGAUUACCCGAAUGGACGGUGGGGCCCCUCCAGCUCCCCUGCAUUCGGCGAGAUCGAUGGAUAUGGUCCCAGUUUGAAAGUGGGUCCGGUAGCUGCAAGGCGAUUAUGGGGCCACCCAAAGUCACCGGAGGAUAUCACAGGACUAUUCAGGAAGCACGUUGAAGGAGAGCUAGUUUGUGUGCCAUGGAGUGACGAGACCGAUGUUACCAGUGGUGGCGCAUUAAGAGCAGAAACAGAGAUAAUCAGACCAGAGUUGAUUGCGCUGAUUGAGGGGAAGGGAUUCUGGACAUUAGCCAGUCAACCCGCGGUCAACGGUAUCAAAAGCGAUGACGAGGUCUUUGGAUGGGGACCUCCUGGUGAGGGUUUCAUUUUUCAGAAAGCGUUCGUUGAGUUUUUUGUAUCAAGGCAAAGCUGGGAGAAGGAAGUGAGACCAUUACUGCAAAUGCAUGGCGAAGAUGAACUGAGCUGGCUUAAGACAGAUAAGGAGGGUGUGUUUGAGUCAUCAGCUUCUGCGGAGAUGUUGGUUGAUCCUACCACGUCGAAACCGGCGGCUGGAGCGACCGGGGUCAACGCUGUGACGUGGGGCGUAUUUAGAGGGAAAGAAAUUGUCACUCCGACCAUCAUCGAAGAGCAAAGCUUUCGUGCCUGGGGCGAGGAGGCCUAUGGGAUCUGGGAGGAAUGGAGGAGACUAUUUCCAAGGGGGAGUGAAGAGGAGAAGUUCCUCGAAUCUUGUAAAAGAGAUUAUGUGCUGGUGAAUGUGGUUGGCCAACGAUUUGUUGGCAAAGAUGGAGCAAGGCUGUGGGAGAUCCUCGCUUUACGGUGA